UGUUUUCUAGCAUUAUUAUUGUUUGCUGGUGUGAUAAUGUUUGUUAUAUUCUUGAUUCUUGGGUAUUGAUGAGCUUUAGUGUCAAUUCACAUCAUGAACUCUGCAGGUUACAGAGAUUCGCUUGUGAGAUAAUUGAGACUUUUUUGGGAAUCCCCACAAAGCUAAAUUGAGUUGUUUGCAUUAGAAAGAGCUAGAACUUCGUUUGAUAUCAUGGCUGAGGAUAGUGCUUUGCAGCUAACUGAGAGAAAAUGGAAGAUGCCACUCCUGAUUUUCUUUAGAGAUGCAAGACUUAUUUUCAAGAUGGAUGAACUGGGUUCUGAGAUACUAAGGAUUGCAGUACCUGCUGCUAUGGCUUUAGCUGCUGAUCCUAUUGCGUCACUCAUUGACACUGCAUUCGUUGGCCAUCUAGGACCGGUGGAAAUAGCUGCUGUAGGAGUUUCAAUUGCCAUCUUCAAUCAAGCAUCAAAGGUUACCAUAUUCCCAUUGGUCAGCAUCACAACUUCAUUUGUUGCUGAGGAAGAUACUGUUCAGAAGAUAAGCAAUGAACCCCAGAAAGGGGAGGACUUGGAGAAAAAGGAUUCAGCUAAAACCUGCGAAAUGAAAGAGUUGGUGCCAGAAGAUGUCAUGCUUGAGAACUUGGAGAAAGGAUCAGCAAAAGACCCUGAAAAGAAAGAUUCAAUUCCAGAAGAUGCAGAUUGUAACGCAGAUACAUGCAAGUCUCCCACUAUUGCUGAAGGCAAAAGUGUCAAGGAAAAACCCAAUAAUAAUAAGAAGGGAAGGAGACACAUCCCUUCAGCCUCAACGGCACUCAUUGUUGGAGGCAUUCUUGGUCUUGUGCAGGCUAUAUUCCUCAUAUUCUGUGCAAAACCUCUCCUCAGUAUCAUGGGUGUGAAAUCUGGUUCCCCCAUGCUAACCCCUGCCAGGAAGUACUUGACAUUAAGAUCACUAGGUUCUCCUGCAGUUCUUCUGUCUCUGGCCAUGCAAGGGGUCUUCAGAGGAUUCAAAGAUACAAAAACUCCUUUAUAUGCAACUGUUAUUGGAGAUGUAGCAAAUAUCAUUUUGGAUCCAAUUUUUAUCUUUGUCUGCCGGUUGGGGGUCAGUGGUGCAGCCAUUGCACAUGUUCUUUCCCAGUACUUGAUUUCACUGAUCCUCUUGUGGAGGUUAAUGAAAAAAAUUGAUCUCUUACCACCAAGUCUAAAAGAUUUGCAAUUUGGUCGGUUUCUCAAAAAUGGUUUCCUAUUGUUAGCAAGAGUCAUAGCUGCUACAAUCUGCGUGACCUUGGCAGCAUCAAGGGCUGCAAGGCUCGGUUCGACACCUAUGGCUGCAUUCCAGGUCUGCUUACAGGUCUGGUUGACCUCAUCACUUCUUGCUGAUGGCUUGGCUGUUGCUGGACAGGCAAUUAUUGCUUGUGCAUUUGCUGAGAAGGACUACCAGAAGGCAACAACCGCCGGGACCCGGGUUCUACAGAUGAGUUUUGUUCUUGGCCUGGGGCUAGCUGUUGUUGUUGGACUAGGUCUGCAUUUUGGUGAUGGAAUAUUUUCAAAAGAUCCAGAUGUUCUUCACAUUAUAAGCAUAGGCAUCCCGUUUGUUGCAGCUACACAACCUAUCAACUCAAUAGCCUUUGUUUUUGAUGGUGUGAACUUUGGAGCUUCUGAUUUUGCAUAUUCUGCAUAUUCUAUGGUUCUGGUAGCUAUAGCAAGCAUUGCAACCAUUUUUGUUCUCUCUAAAACUGGUGGUUUUGUUGGAAUAUGGAUUGCUCUAACCAUCUUCAUGGGGCUACGUACAUUUGCUGGUGUAUGGAGGAUGGGGACUGGAACUGGACCUUGGAGCUUUCUCAGAGGCAGAAUGCUGCCUUAGGAAUUUCUCAGCAAUAUACAUAUUCUCUUGUCCAUUUUCGCCUUUCCCAUUUUUUUUCCCCUCUCACUUUUGUCUUUGGCUUUGAUUUCGUCUUCUCGAAACACAUACGUAUAUAUACUGCUUCAUGCAGUUCUUUACAUGUUCCUGUUAUGGAAUUCCCCAUAAUAUACAUUCUGUAGCCCCAUGUUAUGUUAUUAUAUUAUAUUUCAUGUUUAAUGGUGAUUAGGCAUA